GGCGAACGCCGGAGCUGCGCGGCUAACGCGGACACCAAGCGCCUUUACCACGACCUCAUCAACGGAUACAGCUCGCUCAUCAGGCCCGUGGGAAACAACUCGGACCGUCUCACGGUCAAGAUGGGCCUCCGCCUGUCGCAGCUCAUCGACGUGAACCUCAAGAAUCAGAUCAUGACAACAAAUGUGUGGGUGGAGCAGGAGUGGAACGACUACAAGCUCCGCUGGGACCCGGAAGAGUAUGGCGGAGUGACGAAAGUCCACGUACCGGCUGAACAAAUAUGGCUGCCCGAUAUUGUUCUUUACAAUAAUGCUGAUGGCAACUACGAGGUAACCAUCAUGACCAAAGCCAUUCUCCAUUCGGAUGGACUCGUCAUCUGGAAACCACCCGCAAUCUACAAGAGUUCCUGUGAGAUAGACGUGCAAUAUUUUCCAUUUGACCAGCAGACCUGCUUUAUGAAGUUUGGAUCCUGGACCUACGACGGAUACACGGUCGACCUGAAGCACAAGCACCAGCGCGACGAUUCCAACGACAUCGCGGUGGGCAUCGACCUGUCCGAGUUCUACCUGAGCGUCGAGUGGGACAUCAUGGCGGUGCCCGCGCGGCGCAAGGAGAAGUUCUACUCGUGCUGCGAGGAGCCCUUUCCGGACAUCACCUUCAACAUCACGCUGCGGCGCAAAACCCUGUUCUACACCGUCAACCUGAUCAUCCCCUGCGUGGCCAUCUCUUUCCUCUCCGUGCUCGUCUUCUACCUGCCCUCGGACUCCGGCGAGAAGGUCUCGCUCUCCAUCUCCAUCAUGCUCUCGCUGGGCGUCUUCUUCCUGCUCCUCUCCGAGAUCAUCCCGCCCACGUCGCUGGCCGUGCCCCUGCUCGGCAAGUACCUGCUCUUCACCAUGGUGCUCGUCUCCCUCUCCGUCUUCGUCACCAUCGCCGUGCUCAACGUCAACUUCCGCUCGCCGGCGACGCACAAGAUGGCGCCCUGGGUCAAGCACGUCUUCCUCAAGGUCCUGCCCCCCGUUCUCCUCAUGAAACGGCCCCAAGACGAUGAUGACGAUGACGAUGCCAGUGCCAUGGGCUUCGAUGCCACGCCGUCCGCCGACAACCGAGCUCCGCCGUCUCCUCCGCCGCCGCCACCACCGCCACCACCGCCGCUACAGGAACUGACAUUGUGCGCGUACCAUUCAGCCGAGCCCCCAGAGAGCGGUGGGGACGACGCCUCCCCAAGGGCGUUGCCCUCGCCUCCCGACGGCGGCGCCGACCCUGGAUCCCUGCUCGACCAGGACCUGGCCAGGCCCGUCUUCAAUGUGCGCUUUAUCGCGCAGCACAUGGAGAAUGCCGACCACUUUGACCAGGUCAUAGAAGACUGGCGUUUCGUGGCCAUGGUCCUGGACCGGUUAUUCCUGCUGCUGUUCACGUUCACAUGCGUUGUGGGUUCCGCCUGCAUCAUCCUCGAGGCGCCCUCGCUGUUCGACGACAAGCUCCCGAUUGACAUACUCAUGUCCAAGGUGGCGCCACGUCUGCGGCGCAUCCACGACUGAGCCUGCCGCCAUCGGUCGGUCGAAGACGCUUCCAGAAGCCCUUCCCGGCAUGCCCUCCUCGGCUACCUUCGCUUCGCUCAGCGAGUCGGGACAUCGUCAGCCCAAUCCUCGUUGUGCUGAAUAUGAGGAGUGUGACGCGAGUGACGGAAAUAGUGUGCGCGGCUGCUGUGACAGAGAGACUCGAGACUUUACUGUUUGUAGUGAGCAGAUGUUAAGACGUGUCACGACGGUGACCGAAAAAAAAAAA